UAAUCUAUAGGUUCGUAAAUUCCCACGAAUCUAUCGUCGAUUGUUUAUGGAAUUAUUUUCUGUUUAGGAGAGAGAUGGGGAAGUCGGGAGGGAGGAAGAAGAAGGGUGGUAACGGUGGUGGGAAUGGUAACACAGUCACGGGUGAUCCCCCUGUAUCAGCUGCUAAUGGAGUGGUUGAUUUGGAUUCCUCAAUCUUCUUGAAACGAGCCCACGAGCUCAAAGAAAUAGGGAACAAACGAUUCCAGGCCAAAGACUAUGCGGGUGCUUUCGAACAGUACGACAACGCUAUUCGCCUCACUCCCAAGUCCCACCCGGACCGUGCCGUCUUCCUCAGCAACCGUGCUGCUUGCCUGAUGCAAAUGAAGCCCAUCGAUUACGAAACUGUCAUCGCCGAUUGCUCUCUUGCUCUGCAGGUCCAGCCCCGAUUCGGCCGAGCCCUCCUCCGUCGUGCCAGGGCUUUCGAGGGUCUUGGUAAGUACGAAAUGGCGAUGCAGGAUGUGCAGUCCCUUUUGGCUUCUGAUCCCAAUCACCGAGACGCUUUGGAGAUUGCCCGUCGCUUGCGGGUUGCGCUCGGGCCUCGCCAGGAAGCCCAGCAGGAUCUCCAGAGCCGACCUUCUCCUGCUGCCCUCGGCGCUUCUGCUGUUCGUGGUGCUCCAAUUGCCGGCCUCGGCCCUUGCUUGCCGGCCCGGCCGGCUCCUAAGAAGGCUACAGCAUUGGGGGUGGGAGCGGCGACGUCGCCUGGUAACGAAGCUGAGAAGGCCCAGCUCCUCGUUGCUGAAGAUGGUGCCGAGCUGAAAACUCAGCAGCCGAAAUCUAUUUUGAAGCCUUCGAAAGCUUCUUCCGAAUCCGCUCCUGAUUCGAUUAAGGAUAACACAAAGGUUCAGUCUUCUACUUCUUCACCAUCCUCAUUGUCAUUGCCCGUUAAUAGGCAGGCCUCAGAAUCGGUUGCCAUCCGAUGGAGGCCAUUAAAACUCGUCUAUGACCAUGAUAUCAGGCUUGCCCAGAUGCCUGCCAAUUGCAAUUUCAGAAUGUUGAGGGAGGUUGUGGGUUCACGGUUUCCGUCCUCCAAAUCAGUUCUGAUCAAGUACAAGGACGCUGAUGGUGAUUUGGUGACCAUCACCUGUACUGGUGAACUUAGGUUAGCAGAGUCUUCUGUGGAUAUCCUUCCACCGAAGGAAAGUGAAACAGAGAAAGCCAAUGGUUUGGGGAUGCUGAGGUUGCAUAUUGUCGAGGUGAAUCCUGAGCAGGAACCACAGCUCAUGGAAGAAGAGGAAGAGAAGCCCGUGGAGAACGAGGUGGCCAAGGGAGAUGAUACUGGAUCGCGUUCUUCAGCUGGUGAUUCUGUGGUGGAAGUUGUGGAUAAUGAGAUUGUAAACACUGAGCAAGAAGCUCUGAAGGAGAAGUCGGGAGUUGCGGAUGAUACCGAAUGCAAAGAGGUUGAGAUAGAUGAUUGGUUAUUUGAGUUUGCCCAGUUGUUCCGGACCCAUGUGGGUGUCGACCCCGAUGCCCAUGUUGACUUACAUGAGCUCGGGAUGGAGCUCUGUUCCGAGGCUCUUGAGGAAACAGUGACAAGCGAGGAGGCUCAAAGCCUCUUUGACAUGGCUGCUUCUAAGUUCCAAGAAGUAGCUGCUCUGGCUUUCUUCAACUGGGGGAACGUUCACAUGUGUGCAGCAAGAAAGCGGAUACCUUUGGAUGAUUCAGCAGCAAAGGAGUUGAUGGCCGCCCAGCUUCAAUCAGCAUAUGACUGGGUACGUGAAAAAUAUUCUUUAGCUGGGCAGAAAUAUGAAGAGGCUCUCCGGAUCAAACCAGACUUCUAUGAGGGGUUACUUGCAUUGGGACAACAACAUUUUGAGACUGCGAAGCUUCACUGGUCCUUUGCUUUAGCAAAUAAGACUGAUCUUGCAUGUUGGGAUUCUACAGAGACAAUCAAGCUAUUUGAUAAUGCUGAAGAGAAGAUGAAGGCUGCAACUGAAAUGUGGGAGAAGUUAGAGGAACAGAGGGCUAUUGAGCUGAAAGACCCAAGUGCCAACAAAAAGGAUGACCUCUUGAAAAGAAGGAAGAAGCAAGGAUCAAAUGUUGAUGGUGGGCCAUCUGGGAAUGGGGGUACUGGGGAGGUUUCUGCAGAUGAAGCAGCAGAACAAGCUACUGUGAUGAGAUCUCAGAUACAUCUCUUUUGGGGCAACAUGCUUUUUGAGCGGUCUCAGGUUGAGUUUAAACUUGGUUUUGAUGGCUGGAAGAAGAAUCUGGAUACAGCUGUAGAAAGGUUUAAGCUUGCCGGGGCUUCUGAAGCUGAUAUUUCAGUGGUGCUAAAGAACCAUGCAUCUAAUGCUGAUGGGGUCGAAGGAGAGGACAAAAAGGUAUCAAACCCAAGUACCAAUGCCAGUACUGAAUCAGAUUGUAAGGAUGGGGCCAAGCAUAUAGAAACAUGACUUGAAAUGAGGUGUGCAGCCUGCUUGAUGGUUUCAAAGGAUUGCCUCCAUGUUUGUUCCUUAACUUACCAUAUUUCCAUGGCUUCGAAAUGGAGAAAGAAAGGGAUGAUCACCUUUUUGCAGUUUUUAGUUACUUGUGUUGAUGGGGUUCUUAUUUUAAUUUCUUCUUAUGAAGUAGAGGAAUUGGGUGUCAACAGGACACAGGUGUGUUUUUACUCAAAAGAUUUUGGACUUGAGUACUUCACAAUGGAUUUUAACACUUCAAGUGCUCUAAGAUUUGUUUGC